UCAGGUAUUCCUGCCGUACGACCGCCAGCCAACUCCGAUUUCUACUUUUCCACGUCUGAAUUCUGUUACUCGACCUGUUCGGCAGCCAGUCUCCGAUCGGUGUUUCGUUUCGACGCGAGGAUCUCUGUGUUCUUCAUAUUCGGUGAUCUGUCCGAUUUCCGUGGCUCGCAGAUGUCGUUUGUGAUUUAAUUUAAUAGAUUUGCCUGUUGCUAUUGGAAACCAGUUUGUGUUGAUUAUGGAAAAGGAUUUCUGAAGAAUCGCAACCAUGGAAGAUCCAAGCAUGAGACCUCCACCUUUGCCACCCAAAGCGCGAAAGUCCCCUCCAGCAACCAGUACAACGGUACUUACAAACUGCAUCAUUCAAGACGACUACAAUCGCAACCACAGGUUCUUGAAUACUCUCGACGUCCAACAAGAGACCAAGUCGAAUACGCACGUGGUCAAGAUACAAAUAAAUCCCUCUCAAGAGUCCUACGCCAAUGGUACGACCAGUUCGACCAGCGUGACGUGUGUCGUGUCGCCCUGUAUCAAGAUAAGUGUCAAUACGGAUGGUGAAAUGGUACACAACAAGACGAUGGUGGAUUCUUCGACAGAAACCAAUGGAUACUUUUUUUACGACCAGUUUCAUGGUGAGGUUAUGUCGAGUGGGCAGAUUUCUCCAAGUGAUACCCUUGACUCGGGUACUUGCAGUGAUUUAGACGGUACACCGCCCCCAAUAAGUUCCAAGAAGACUACAGGAAUAUCUGUCACCAUAAUCGGUGAAAAAACUAAGGGAUUGUCAAGCUUGAACAGUAGUGGUACCGAGAUAGACAGUGAUGAUAACGAAAGUAAUGUCAGCUACGAAGCCUACCCCAAUAGAAAAGUACCUCUUAUCAUAAAUCACAUACCAGCAACCAAACGGAGCUCAUCAAACUUCCUUCCUCAAACCCUUUUGCAGGAUAUACGAAACGCUAAAAUAUCCGACCAUCAAACAGAACCAAAACCAGUGCUUAUAGAAGAAAAGUCCUACGUGGAAAGGAAAGAGGAGGAUAAACAAAAGUGCGAAGAAAUUAUAAGUAGUAAAAAACAGUAUGAGACAGAUAAGUAUUACGAUUUUCAUUUGAAUGAAAACGAUCCAAGUGAUGCGAUAGUGCCCUCUAAGAAUGUUGAAGAGGAUGAGACAUUCGCCGGUUAUAAAGACUUGAUGGGUGAUGGAGCUUCUACAAUAAGGAGUGCUAAGGGUACAGUGCGGGGUGUUAAAAAUAGGGUGCGUGCAGGUAUUGCUACUUUCCUCCAGAUCAACUCCAACACAAAGAAUUACAAGGAAAAAGAAGCGGGUAAAGUUGUUGUGUAUACGACAACCAUGGGCAUAAUAAGAGACACCUAUCAAGCUUGCAUGAAAGUGAAGCAGAUUUUGCGUACACUACUGAUCAAGUUCGAGGAGAGAGACGUUUUCAUGAGUAGUGAAUGCCAGCAGGAAAUAAGGGAACGAAUGAGGUGUGAUGACAUUUUGAUCCCGCAAGUUUUUGUUGAUGGACAACACAUUGGGGAUGCCGAAACUAUAGAGAAGUUGAAUGAAUCUGGGGAACUCAGGAGGAUUCUGAAGCCAUUCAAGAGCAUGGACGCCUGCAACCCUUGCAAAGUGUGCGGCGGAUUCCGCCUAUUACCGUGCACGGUCUGUAAUGGAAGCAAGAAAUCCGUCCAUCGAAACCAUUUUACUGCAGAAUUCGUGGCUCUGAAAUGUAUGAACUGUGACGAAGUGGGCUUAGUAAGAUGCACAGCUUGUUGCUGAAAUGUCGAGGAGGAUUGAGGGAUCCCUCCAGAGAAAUUUGACAUUGACUCAACCAAUAUGGAGAUAGAGUUCAAUUAUUUUUAUAUUCCACAAGUCAAAUACAGAUUGAAGCAAUCAACGAACAACGUAAUCCACAAAUGGAUUAUAUUUGAAGAAACCUCCAACUUGGUUAAUUCAUUUAUUGUAUAAGUUGAUGUAUAUUGAAAUUUUAGUAUUUUAUUGUGUCAUAUGUUUGUAUGUGUCGUUAAUUUGUAUUAGGUAAUACAAUAAAUUUUAAUUUCGUUAAA